AUGAGGCAGCUGAAGGGGAAGCCCAAGAAGGAGACGUCCAGGGACAAGAAGGAGCGUAAGGCGGCCAUGCAGGAGGCCCGGUCGCAGGUGGCCACAGUGGUUCUACCCACGCUGGCUGUGGUGGUGCUGCUCAUCGUAGUCUUUGUCUACGUGGCCACCAUGCCCAGAGCCAUAGAGUAUAAGCAGUGUGAGGGUCCUCGAACGCUGUUCCUGGAGAGCUACCGUCCUACCUAUUCAGAAGAGACCAACGUGGACCUCCCCCCCACGCCCUCCACCAAGAGUGUCCAGAGUUGGGGUGUGGUCCAGGAAGAGGAUGACGACGAGGAGCGUGAUUGGCCAGAGUUGUUGAGUGACAUGUCUGAGGUGGGAGGGGCGGGCCUGGGGGCGGGGCUACCAAAGUUGAAGAGAGGUCAAGGUUCAAGACACCUGGGGGUGGAUAUGACCCUUCACCCCGACGAUGAAGACUUCACACACCGCAACAAGUACUUCACAUCCUCAGAUGAGGACCUGAUUAAGCGGAUUCUGGCGGACGGCCAGCUGCAGGUGUCUCAUCUCUGUGACCCCCAGCACUUCUUCUCUCAGACAGCAGACAGCGAGAUGGCCGACCUGUGAGUCACCUCUAAACUCUGACCUCUAACCUCACCUUAACCCCGUCACCUUCUACUUGCUUCCUCUUGUCUGUUCUGAACUUACCUCUCACUGGCCUACUUCUCCUUCUGUCAUUUUACAUUU